AUGACGAACAAAACUUACUCUGAAAAAUCCGAUAUAAGAUCUUCAACAUCCGAGAAAGGAGACAUAACAACUAGUAGAGCACUAUACCAAUCUACUGAAGAAACAAACAUCCUUAAGUUACAAAAUUUACAAGAAAUGGAAUCCAAAAGGGUGUCAAGUAAUGUCCCUUGGCGUAAAAAAGAUCAAGUCGAAGAAGUUCAAUCGAGUAAUGAUGAAAAAUUAGAAGUAAAGCACUGGAGAAAACAGCGCCAAGAAGAUACUAAAUCGAUUCAACAAAUAUCAACAUCUGAAGAUACAAAUAUUUUAUUAUUAGACAGACAAGAAACAACUGACACCGAAGUCAAAUCAAUAAGAAAAGAAGAUCUGCAGCCAAAACACUGGAGACAGCCUCGUGCGGAAAAGAAGCCAGAGCUGGUUGAAAAAACAGUGCAUACCGAGGAUUCACAAAUCCUUCAAAAACAAGAAGAAGAGGUUAUAGAUCAAACGGUUAAAAAAGAAAUUCUCGAAACAAAAGUUUGGCGAAAGCCUCGAAAAGAUGACAAACCAAAUUUUUUGGAUAAAACUUCACAUGUGGAAGAUUCUACAGACGUACAUAUAAAAGACACUAUGCAAGAAACACAAGUGAAGUUAGAGGCCAAAAGCUGGCGGAAGCCACGCCCAGAAACUUCAGAAAACGUCUCUAUAACAUCUGAAAUGAAGGAGGAAACUAAACACUGGAGAAAGCCUAGAGUGCAAGAUUCAAAUAAAAACGUAAUUCAAGAUAUUAAAUCAGAAAUAAUUGAACAAGUUGAGGAAGAAGCUACUACUAAACAAAAUUGGCGAAAACCUCGAACGGAGGAUAAACGCCCUGUGCAAGAGCGAAGAGAAAGUAUUCCAUGGACAGAAGAAAGUAUUCGUCUGAGGCCUACGAAGGUGGAAAAGAAGGAAAUUGUAAAAGAAAAAUUUGAAGACGUGAAUUUGAAACCGGUUCGCAAAGAUUCUGUCCAGAAAAGUACACUUGUAGUUGACGAGUCAUUAACGUAUGAAGAAGACACCAUUGUACUAAAAAUAUCGGAAGAUGAAAACGUCACAGAAGCGCACGUACCAAUAGAGCCCAGUGAUGAUAAAACGCCAUCUUGGCGAAAAUCAAUCAAGAAAAAGCAGGUAGUAAAGGAUGAUGUGAAUAGAGACAUAGAAGAAAUGACACAGAGGGAACCUGUAGACGGAUCAAUGAUCCAACAAGACGUAAAAUCCAAACAGCUCGAAGAGCUUCCUCAAGAAGCACCCAAAUGGUUAACAAAGGGCAGACAGCCGAAACAAGAUGAACUCAAAGAGGAAGUGGUACUCAAGCCGGUGCCAAGACAAAGAGAGCUAGAUGAGAAGAAGCCUGAGGAGGUGCAGCUGAAACCAGUUAAGAAACAGAAACCAGUCGAGGAGACCACUCCUGAGGAAGUCAAAUGGCCUACAGGCAAGAGGCGUCCCAAGGAAGAAGAACCAAAGGAAGAGGUGGUCCUUAAGCCAGUGCCAAAACAGAAAGAGCCUGAGGAGCAGAAGCCUGAGGAGGUCCAGCUGAAACCAGUUAAGAAACAGAAACCAGUCGAGGAGACCACUCCUGAGGAAGUCAAAUGGCCUACAGGCAAGAGGCGUCCUAAGGAAGAAGAACCAAAGGAAGAGGUGGUCCUCAAGCCAGUGCCAAAACAGAAAGAGCCUGAAGAACAGAAGCCUGAGGAAGUCCAGCUGAAACCAGUUAAGAAACAGAAACCAGUCGAGGAGACCACUCAUGGGGAAGUCAAAUGGCCUACAGGCAAGAGGCGUCCCAAGGAAGAAGAACCAAAGGAAGAGGUGGUCCUCAAGCCAGUGCCAAAACAGAAAGAGCCUGAGGAACAGAAGCCUGAGGAGGUCCAGCUGAAACCAGUUAAGAAACAGAAACCAGUCGAGGAGACCACUCCUGAGGAAGUCAAAUGGCCUACAGGCAAGAGGCGUCCCAAGGAAGAAGAACCAAAGGAAGAGGUGGUCCUCAAGCCAGUGCCAAAACAGAAAGAGCCUGAGGAGCAGAAGCCUGAGGAGGUCCAGCUGAAACCAGUUAAGAAACAGAAACCAGUCGAGGAGACCACUCCUGAGGAAGUCAAAUGGCCUACAGGCAAGAGGCGUCCCAAGGAAGAAGAACCAAAGGAAGAGGUGGUCCUUAAGCCAGUGCCAAAACAGAAAGAGCCUGAGGAGCAGAAGCCUGAGGAGGUCCAGCUGAAACCAGUUAAGAAACAGAAACCAGUCGAGGAGACCACUCCUGAGGAAGUCAAAUGGCCUACAGGCAAGAGGCGUCCCAAGGAAGAAGAACCAAAGGAAGAGGUGGUCCUUAAGCCAGUGCCAAAACAGAAAGAGCCUGAGGAGCAGAAGCCUGAGGAGGUCCAGCUGAAACCAGUUAAGAAACAGAAACCAGUCGAGGAGACCACUCCUGAGGAAGUCAAAUGGCCUACAGGCAAGAGGCGUCCCAAGGAAGAAGAACCAAAGGAAGAGGUGGUCCUUAAGCCAGUGCCAAAACAGAAAGAGCCUGAGGAGCAGAAGCCUGAGGAGGUCCAGCUGAAACCAGUUAAGAAACAGAAACCAGUCGAGGAGACCACUCCUGAGGAAGUCAAAUGGCCUACAGGCAAGAGGCGUCCCAAGGAAGAAGAACCAAAGGAAGAGGUGGUCCUCAAGCCAGUGCCAAAACAGAAAGAGCCUGAGGAGCAGAAGCCUGAGGAGGUCCAGCUGAAACCAGUUAAGAAACAGAAACCAGUCGAGGAGACCACUCCUGAGGAAGUCAAAUGGCCUACAGGCAAGAGGCGUCCCAAGGAAGAAGAACCAAAGGAAGAGGUGGUCCUCAAGCCAGUGCCAAAACAGAAAGAGCCUGAGGAACAGAAGCCUGAGGAGGUCCAGCUAAAACCAGUUAAGAAAGUUACCACAGUGGAAAGUGAAGAACCCACUGUAGAGGAAAAAGAAGUAACAAUUGUAAGCAAAACAAAAGUAGUGAAGAAAAAGAUACAAAAAGAGGAAGAACAAACAAAUAUAGAGGAAGUUAUACCUGAGACAAAACCAAUAGAAGAAAAGAAGUUGAAAAGAACGAGUAAAGACGACACCAAAGUGGAAGAAAUCGUGGUUGUAGAAGAAGUGAAAAAUGAACCAGCUGUUGAACAAGAAGAAGAAGUAAGAGUGGUAACCAAGCAAUCGAAAGUGGUGAAGAAGAAGACACGAAAAGAGAAAAAAGCGUACGAAUACGUCCCGAGUGCUUCGGAGGAAGAUAUACUCAGUGACGAGAGAACUAGUGAUAUAGAGGAAUUUGCACCUCGUAUAGUAAAAGCACUACCAACGGUUGUAGCGCCCAGCGAAGGCGAAUUAACCCGGUUAGAAGCAAAAGCAAUUGGCGUGCCUAAACCACAAGUCCGAUGGAUGAAACAAGGUGUCGAAAUAAUACAAUCUCAAGAAUACCAAAUUGAAGAAAUGGAAGAUGGCACAUCUAUUUUAAUUAUACCCGAAGUUUAUAAGGACGACACGGGAGAAAUUAAAUUUGAAGCCUACAACCCGCUCGGAGUCACAUCCACUAUUGCCGCUUUGUCUGUACAGACAACACAAUCUGUUCCAACUUUCGUCAAAGACAUCUUGGGCGAACGUGUUCACGAGGAUGAGACAGUUGUGUUUGAAGCUGUUUACAGCGGGAAUCCCACACCAGAAAUAUUGUGGUACAAAGAUGAUAAAGUGAUAAGGUCUGAUGAAAGAUUCAUCAUAGAAAAUAAAGACAACCGCACAAGUUGUACGAUUCGAAAAGCAGUGAAAGAAUUGGAAGGAUCAUAUAUGUGUAAAGCUGUCAGUGAUAUAGGUAUGGCAAUAACUAAAGCUAAACUUCAAAUAUUCGAAAAAGGAGAAAAGAUUAAGAAACAUACUGCCAAGGAAGUGAAAGAAAAAUUGAAAAAAGAAAAAGUAACUCGACGGGAAGAUAAGGCCGUCAAGACUGAAACUGCUCUUGAAAAAACGGAAGAUUUACUGGAAUCCGCUAGUAUUACUGAAGUACAGCCGAUAGAUGAGCCUGUCUCAAUUAACGAGCGCAUUGACAGACGAAAGGCUAAAGUGAUAGUUACUGAGGCAGAACAUGUGGAGAUUACGGAUACUGCUUCAUACAAAAAGGUGGACAAAAAGGAAAAGACAAAACCAAUGCCACAAAAAAUAGAGCCAAUUGUAACUCCACAAGACUAUUUGGUAUCAUCACAACAACAAAAAGAGGAGACAGCAGAACCUCUUGAGGACAGUCCUUACGAAAAACAGAAAGGUAUUAUUAAAAUGGUUGACACUGAUUCGCGAGUGGUUGCUGAAAUAAAUGAACUACUUGAAGUUAUAAACGCUAAAGAAUUUGGCUCUGGGGAGUCACCUUUGCGAGAAUUAGCAAAAAUUGGCUACAUGCUUAGACGUGGUAUAACGACAGAUGAAAUAGAAGGACUCUACGAUUCUGAAUAUUUCCCAGCGUUAAGAAUACCGCAAUCACAGUCGGCUCUAGUUCAACUUGUAGAACGACAAGGUCAUGGAGCGCUUAUUACUGAAGUACUUACCGAAGAAACAACUCACGACGAAGAUAUUAUCGCGGCAAAAGUAGGCUUCCGCGCAUUCUUAAAAAUGGUGGAAAUGAAACAUACUUCAGUCGAGGAAGUAAUAGCUCACUUCUAUCCUGAAGAUUUCAAGCCCCGAUCCUGGGAACAACGAGAGGCACAUGAGGUAUAA